CAAUUAUUAUGAAUUAAGAAAAGCAACCCUUGGACCCUAAAGAUUCAAUUUUGAACAUUUCAUUGAAGAAAUCCUCAGGUCAAUUCAUUUUCUUAUCCAAAAUAUUCUUGAAUAAAUUCGAAAAAGUUGAAUUGCAUGGUUUGGGUGAGGCUACAAAAACUGUGGCCGCAGUGGCUGAAUCUCUUUCAAGAAAAGUAAAGUGUAGUUGCUAUCUAAGAAUUAUGCUACAAUUAAGAAGAUAGAGACCCAAACAUAUACUCCAGAUCAAGGUGGAAAAAAGAUCAAAUUGAUUGCCAUAUUAGAAGUCACUGAAGAAGGAAAAAAAAUGAUUGAGAAAGAUUUAUAAAGAAAGCAACCAGAAAAUAAACAACAAUCAGAUUAAUGAAUGUGAUAGCAUAUAUAUUUUAAUAGAAAGAGA